AUGUUAACAAAAUAAGCAGCUAUGUCUUUCUCUCAGUUUGGAUAUCCUUAUAAUGCAACUUCACAGUUUUUCGUGUCGGCAAACCCCAGUACGACUUGCUGCGAUUCGAUUUCCAGGUCGGUCUCUGACGGGACGAGCGGUACCCAGACUCCUGCUACCUUCUGCUGCCCUUCCUACGAGAACCGGCUCCUGGCCAGCACACGGACGGAGCUCAACGCGGCACUAGGGAUGUAUAGCUCGCCCUACGCUGCCGCGGCCGCCGCCAGCCAGAACUAUGCCAGCUACUUCCCCUACAGCGCCGAGCCCUCCGCUGCUAUCUACUCAUCUCUGAAUCCACAGUAUGAAAUGAAGGAUGGCACAGGCACUCUGCAUUCUGGCAUAACUCAACCUGCCACCUACUAUCCUUAUGACCACUCACUGGGCCAGUACCAAUAUGACAGGUAUGGGACUAUGGACUUUAAUGGGUCAGCCAGGAGGAAGAAUGCCACACGUGAGACCACCAGUACCCUGAAGACAUGGCUGUACGAGCACAGGAAAAACCCCUACCCCACCAAGGGCGAGAAGAUCAUGCUGGCCAUCAUCACCAAAAUGACGCUCACCCAAGUUUCCACCUGGUUCGCCAACGCCAGGAGGAGGCUAAAGAAGGAGAACAAGAUGACCUGGUCACCAAAGAAUAAGGCUGGGGACGACAGGAAGGACGACCAGGAUAAAAGUGACCAAGAUUGUGUCACCAAAGAUUCCAGUGAGUGUAAAGAUGAGAAAGACCUUCAUCUGAGUGACCUGGAGGACAUGGAGGACAUGGAGGACUGUGACAAGCUGGACAGUGACUGUGAGAAGAUGGCACCCAGGGGCCCUGAGGAACAGCAGGACCUCCACAGGGCCAUGUCCAGUGGUGGUGUUGGCCCUGGAGGCCCUCCAAAGAGAGACUGCAGCUCAGAGCUUUCCCUCUCCUUUCCCAACAGCUUCCACCACUCAUUCCCAUGUGGUAUCAAGAGCCUACCCUCCCUGCCCUCUCUACCCACCAUGCCCUCGGACUUCCUUGAUCCACUGGUGACGUCCAAGCCCCCCUCCACCACCACCACCAUCCCCACGGGCACUCACACUGUGUCCCUGUCACACUUCGAGGUGUCGGACCGGGACAAACCGAGGAUCUGGUCUCUGGCGCGUACAGCGGCCACGGGGGUCAUCCUGGGCUCUGCUCACCACGGGGCCCCAGAGCUCCGGACAGGGAGCAUGCUGGGAGACUGCCAUCUACAGGGGACCAGGCUACCAGUGACUGGUACCAGACAGUGUGGGCCCCUCAGGGGCCUCCAGGAUCCUACUAACAUAUCCAAUGCUGAGAACCCUUUCCAGGAGGGCCCCUUGUUGCAAUCUAAGGUCUAUAGUGCAGGCAGCUACAACCACAAGGCCCUCCAACUGCACUGUUCCUCCUAUCCUGCUCUUUCAGACUCUUGCCAGUACUCCACUAUCGAAGGAUUCUCCAGUGGGAAGGCAGAGACAGAGCCCUCGGAACUCAGUGACACAUGUGUGACCCUGCAGGAUGACAAGGUCACUGCCUUCAGACCUGUUAUGAAGAGGUUGAUGGACACGCAGUCGUUACACAGUGGGACUUUUAUUUAGCCGGUCUUAGGCUAUGCACUAUAAUGACUUGGGAUGACGACGAGCACCGGACAUCCUACCUACCUUACACCUGGGAACUGCGGCCCUCCGCAGUCAAAGCUCGAUGAGCCCUGUCCAAACUGUGGAAGCUGCCAUCAUUUUGCACAAAGUUGUUUUUAUGGUGUUGACGAUGACUUUAUGCAAUACUUUGAAAUGCAACGGUAUGGGAACUGACGGUCAAUUCAUGAUGUAUGCAAAGGGCAAUCGUAGUGUAGCAAUGUUAUUUAUUUAUUUGUGUAUUUAUUAUUUGAUUCCUCAACUGUUCAUUUAUUUAUUUCCUAUGUUUCAUUUACAUAUUUUGUUACAUGUAUGUAUUGUUUCAACUGUGGUUGUGUGCUAUUUUUACCUGAUUUAACG